CACUCUCAUGCGUGAUGGGCAAACUCUUCACUAUGGUCUGCUUCUUAACGUUAUUUUUUAUGUAGCUUUUAUCCUUUUGGAUCUCGAUGUUUAUUCUAUAACAAAAAUAAGACACAAAACUCCGCCGUACCAUGUGAAAUGUGGUCGUACUAUUCAUUAUCAUUCUAAUUUUUCAUAAAUCCUGGCUGAAGUCUGUUCAACUUCUGUUUCUCCCUAGAUCAAAGCAAGAGACGUUAUAAUCUGACACCACUGGCGACAUGGACACCACAAGUAUUUUGUUGGCUCUGGUCAUCGUUCUGGUCACAGUCUACGUAAUGUGGGGUUACCUGUCCAACAGAGGACUCCCACCCACGCCAACUAUCGCGCUGCCUGUUGUGGGACAUUUGCUUUCCCUCAACCCGCAGGAUCCUCGAAGUCAGAUGCAAAAAUGGAGAGAGAAAGUGGGGGAUGUUUUCAGCUUGCGCCUGGGCCCCACAGUGUUCAUAGUACUCAACGGGUACGACGCAAUCAAGGAGGCGUUUGUGAAAAGAGGAGACGAUUUCUCAGACCGCCCAUUCUUUUACUUUGACUGGGCAGUGAAUUACCACGACCUGGGCAUUACCCUGUCAUCAGGCCCAAACUGGAAACAUCAGCGAUCAGUGUCUCUAAGUAUUCUCCGAGACAUGGGCAUGGGUAAGAACGUUUUGGCUGAGACGAUCCAAGACGAAGUGUCGCAGUAUCUCGCACGUCUCAGCAAGCUGAAAGAGAAACACGACAUCCGCCUUCUAACAGGCGUCAGCGUAGCAAACGUGCUUUGUUCUAUGCUAGUGGGGCAGAGGUUUGACUACGAUGAUCCGACAUUUAAAAGAGUCGUAGAGCUGGUUCACUACAACUUAUCACAUCUGCUGGGCGUUGGGCCAACUCUCCUCAAUAUGUACCCUAUUUUACACUACCUGCCUGGUGACAUUUUCAACACCGAUAUUAUCAUGAAAAACAGAAAAGAGGUUGGUGAGCUGUUUGUCCAUUAUUUCAAAGAUCUUAAAGGUCAUAAAGAAUACAGCGAAACAAAUAUGGAUAGCUUUAUCGCUAACUAUGUGUUUGAGAAAAGUAAGAAGGAAAACAGUGGGCAGGCUACCUAUCUAGACGACAAAAACUUGACAAAGGUCAUAGAAGAUCUUCUUGGAGCAGGAAUUGAAACAACUAGUAAUACCAUCAGCUGGUUUCUCCUCUACAUGUUGCACUACCCUAAAGUACAGGAAAAAAUCUUCAAAGAGAUCGAAUCAGAAAUAGGCACUGGGAGGUCCCCAACCAUGCAUGACAAAACCAAGCUGAAAUAUCUGAAUGCUGCAAUUAUGGAAACUCAGAGAAUUGGAAACACUGUCCCUAUGGGUUUAACUCAUAUGUGUGCUCGAGAUACUACUUUCAGAGGGUUCAAGAUACCAAAGGGGGCAAAUGUUAUUGGAAAUAUGACGUCAGUAUUUUUCGACAAAACAGUUUGGGGGGAGGACGUGGAUACUUUCCGACCAGAACGUUUCAUUGACGAUAUUGGUGAUCUAAAACACUUCGAAGAAUUUAUCCCAUUUUCGAUCGGCAGGAGAGCUUGUCUUGGGGAAGCCAUGGCGAAGAUGGAAUUGUUUCUGUACCUUUCAUCAAUGUGUCAGCGAUUUCAGUUUUUAUCGCCAGACCCAGAUGCCCCACCAAAGAUAACUGAAGUGGUUAACAUAACAAGAACACCAGGGCCUUUUGAAAUCAAAAUUGUUGACCGACUGUCAUGAAUUAGCUAAUAAUUUGAGCGCUGAGUUCCAGAACAGAAUUUUGUAGGGGAUAGUUAUAGCGUAGUGCAUGUAAGAAUAUUCUGCUUUUACGGCUAGGCUUACACUUUAGCACCCCCCUAAUAACAUUAAUAUCUUUUGCUGCAGUCUUCCGUAAGGACACCCUUUUGUUUAAAUAAAACAAUAUUUUUGACAAUUUCGGACUUCACUUUGAUUUGAACCUUGAAUUUUUCGAUUUUAGAAAGACCCCUAAGUGAUAUACUCUAUAGUGAGGUUUCUAGCCAAUGCCAAGAAUCGCACUUCCCAACACUUCUCCCAAAUAAGUCCAAUUCAUAUGCUUUUCAUAUAUUUUAACAUGGCCUCCUGUUUCAUUAAGAAUUCAAAGAAUAAUAAAAUAAUAGUUAUAAUUAAGACCACAAACAAAAACAAAA